GAAAUCUCUCAAUCCAGAGGAGGCACAACCCAGUGAAGUUAUCAGCGCUGCUCAGCGAGCAGAGAAGAAAUAGGAGGAGGAGCACAAACAGUGCACCCUUACAGAGAGAAUGAGCAGCUACAGUGGAUGGGCCAAGCGACAAAGCAACCACCUGUACUUGGCGCCGCCGAUGAUGAUCAUGCAUUCAUUCGUAAGCAGAGUGGCAAGCGCAGGAGAGGAGGAAUGCCAGAGUGCCAAGAAGGAAGAAGGGAUGGAGGCAAAAAAAAAAUAGAAGAGGAGAGCGACCUUCGUGUGCUACGCUGCUGCUCCUGCUGCUACAGUGUUCCUGCGCUCGCUUGUGCCCACAACACUCUGGAACAGUCUGAUGAGAACUCAUCGAAAAGGGAGGGAUCAGUCAUUACGAAACACCAGAGAGAAAGAGAAAGACGCCCCACAAGCCACAGCGCGCGCCUCUACUUAGACCUAUUGUCGGGGAGCAGCAGUGAACGCAUGGCUACCAUUCCACUCGCACAGAGCGAGCUCUCGCUCAUAUGCGAGGACUUUAAACCUCCCCCCCUUUGUCCGGCUAGCCACCUCAGCCCUAGACGAGCCGAUGUGUUAGCACCUGCUAUCGCCACGUCAUCACAAAACACUUGUCAGAUAGGGCUGUGAAAAAAAGAACAUACUAAUAGAAAUAUUUCAAUA